AUGCAAGUGCCCUUCCAAGCGCUCGCCUCCAAACCACCCUAUCUCCACCUCCACCUCCACCCCACAUUAGGUUGGUUUCGCGUACACGUUCCGUGUCACAGCUGGGUAGCUUCAACGUACUCCAAAGUGGUGCUGUGCGGAGUUAGCUUGAAGAUGAGCAGGAACAAUGGCAAGGGGCCGAAGCUGGACCUGAGGCUGAGCUUCUCGCGGUCACGCGGCGGCGGCGGCGGAGGCGGAGGGGGUCCUUCGGCUGCGCCGCCGGGAGGCAGCAACUCGCCGAGGAGGAUGUCUUCGUCGUCUUCUUCCUCGGCAUCCCCGCCGAGCUCGUGCGUGUCUUCGGAGGGGAGCCCGGAGGCUGGCGGGGGCAGUGGUGGCUCGGCGAUGAUCCUCGCGGGCUGCCCCCGGUGCAUGAUGUACGUGAUGCUGUCGCGGGAGGACCCCAAGUGCCCCAAGUGCCACAGCACUGUGCUCCUCGACUUCAACGAUGUCGGCGCCGACCACCGCAACCCAGGGUUCGGCUCCGGCAAAGUCGGCAAGGGAAAGCGCGGCUGA